AUGUCUCAAUAUUCUUCACCCACUCACAUGCAUGUCCCAGCUGAAACCAGUGGAUACUCCUCACCAUCAUUUAGGGAAAAUACACCGUUUCAAAUGAUCAACCUGGCAGAUCUGAUUCUGGACGUUGCCCAUCUGUCCAUGGUUCAUCCCCCUCCUCAGAAGAAAGCUACAUCAUCUGUGUAUAAAGUUAUCAAUACUUCUAGUAAGUCUCCUGAACCCAUAAUCCCUAGUAAAGAUAAGAAUACUACUGAAGAAGAAUCUAGGCUUAAAGGGUCUGAACUUAGAAACCCUAGCAUGCAUGUUGACAACCCUGUAAGUACCACGAUAGUAGAAAGAAGUGAAACUCAUAAAGAACUUAGAAAGUUUGUUGCAUCUGUUUUGAAGGAAGUAAACUCUGAUGUGUUUCCAGAUGUUCAAACAUCUUUGGCAAAAGAUCCAAGCCCUGAUAAUGACUCAAGGGAAAAAGCUGAAGAAAAUGUUCCUGAUCAUACUACUCGUGAGAGAAGAAGUAAGAAGAAAGUUGAGCUUGUUGUCAAUGUUGAAGAACUUACCUCUGAUGAAGAACCCCUUACAAACAUUGUUACUCCCAAUAUUGCCAAGAGAUUGAAGAGACAUAAAGGAAAGACUAUUACUUUUGAAGAUUCUCCCUCUAGGGAAGUCAAGAGAAAAGUGUAUGGGUUGAAAGGAACUCCUUCUAGAAGCUCCAUAGGAAAAUCUCCUGUUGGACCCACUAGGAAUUGGAGUAAAGUUGUCACCCCUACUAGAAAGAGGAAAGUUGUCUCCCAUAGUGAAUCCGAGUUUGAUGUUGCAGAGGAUGUCCAGGACAUCACCCCUAUAAAAAGAUCUGCUAACAAGAAACCUCAUGAUGCUAGGUCCAAAGCUCCACUGGACAAUGCUUCUUUACAUUAUAUGAAGAAUGCAGAAAGGUGGAAGUAUGUCAUUCAGAGAAGGGUAACCCCAGAAAGGGAAUUGGGAAAAGAUGCCCUUAAGUGUAAAGAGGUCAUGGAACUGAUAGAAGCUGCAAGGACGAUGAAGACUGUCACACACUUUGGACCUUGCUAUGAAAACUUAGUAAAGGAGUUUGUGGUAACUAUCCCUAAUGGAUGUGAUGAUACAAAGAGUGUUGACUAUGGUAAAGUUUAUGUGAGAGGAAAUGUUGUAACAUUCUCCCCAACUGUGAUAAAUAAUAUCCUAGGAAGACCAGAUGAACCUCAAGCUGAACUGGAAGUCACUGAUGAUCAGGAAAUGAUGGAAGACGAGAAAAAGGAAGCUGUACAGGGUGGAGAUGCUAAUGAAGCAACUGAUGAUGAAGAGUAUGCUGGUGAAGAUGAUGCUGAUGAAGAGAAAGAAGAUGAAGGAGAAGAGUAUGCAACAACUGACUCAGAUAGUCAAGAUGAUAUUUGA